AAACCCUCGUCUCCCGUCUCGGAGCGGCGGAGUACGCACCUAUCAGUCCCAAGUUCCCGCCACACACCUCUCCAUUCCCCUCCCGAAGUCCCGAUCCUGUCCUCAAAUCCCAUUGCUCUAUCUUCUCUAGCGGCGAGUCGAGGCGGGGAAGACGAGCUAGCGGCGAGGAUGUUGUGGGUAGAUAAGUACCGGCCGAAAACCCUAGACAAGGUCACCGUGCACGACCAGGUUGCUCAGAACCUCAGGAAGUUUGUGUCGGAGCAGGAUUGCCCGCACCUGUUGUUCUAUGGGCCGUCGGGGUCCGGGAAGAAAACCCUAAUCCUCGCGCUCAUCAAGCAGAUGUUCGGCGCUGGCGCGGAGAAGGUUAAGCUGGAGAACAAGACAUGGAAAAUCGAUACUGGAACAAGGACAUUUGAGAUAGAAUUGGCGAUGUUGUCAAGUGCUCACCAUGUGGAGAUGACCCCCAGUGAUGCUGGCUUUCAGGACAGGUAUGUUGUUCAGGAGGUCAUCAAAGAGAUGGCGAAGAACAGGCCAAUUGAUGCCAAAGGCAAGAGAGCAUUUAAAGUCCUUGUGUUAAAUGAGGUCGACAAGCUCUCACGAGAAGCCCAGCAUUCCCUCCGCAGGACUAUGGAAAAGUAUAGCUCAUCAUGUAGACUGAUCCUAUGCUGUAACAGCUCCUCAAAAGUGACAGAAGCUGUAAGAUCCCGUUGCUUAAAUGUGCGAGUAAAUGCACCCAGCGAAGAUCAGAUUGUCCAAGUUCUAGAGUUCAUUGGGAAGAAAGAAAAUCUGCAUCUUCCAGCUGGAUUUGCUGCUCGUAUCGCCGCACAAUCAAACCGUAAUCUUAGGCGGGCAAUUCUGUUUUUUGAGACUUGCAAAGUGCAACAAUAUCCAUUUACAUCAAAUCAAGUGGCGCCUCCUCUUGACUGGGAGCAAUAUGUGUCUGAAAUAGCAACUGAUAUACUUACAGAACAAAGCCCUAAAAGGCUAUUUGCUGUACGCCAGAAAUUCUAUGAAUUACUCGUCAAUUGUAUCCCACCCGAAAGUAUUUUGAAGAAGUUGUUGGCAGAAUUACUGAGGAAGUUAGAUGCGGAUCUGAAACAUGAGAUCUGUCACUGGGCCGCACAUUAUGAACACAAGAUGCGCCUCGGAUCAAAGGCUAUUUUUCAUCUAGAAGCUUUCGUGGCCAAGUUCAUGAGCGUUUACAAGGAGUUCCUGGUGGCGACAUUUGGUUGAGCAAAACCUCAAGGCAUUGGGUUGCCACCCGCGAAGCGAAGAGAGGAUGGCAGCGGCUAUCGCACUGUAUCAGGCAGUGUCUUGCCUGUGUAGUUUUGUACUGAAGUUGUGAACGAUUAGCUUCAUUGUGUCUGUUUAAACCACCGUCAACUCGGGUCGCCCUUCUGUGAGUUCAUCGCGUCCGCCUGCACGUGGUCGUUGAUGACGACACGAUCAGAAGUUGUGAACGACUAGUAGUUUUUGCUUGGUUAAGAAAAAACAUCCUGAAAAGUAAAAAAGU